AUGGCCUUUUGGACUGUUCCAUACAGGGCCGAGGCCGUCGAUACAAAUCGGGACCCUAGCAUGUAUUGGGAGGAUGUCAACAGCGCCAGUACCGAUGACGUCCACAACGAUUUUUUUGGCCAGUUUGUUGACUUUGAUGCCGACGGUACCGUUACAGCGACCGCCGACAAUGAUUUCAACACGAUACCAGCUUCUAUGCCCGGCGUGGCAGAGUCUAUGCUCUUAAUGGGGGACCGUACUGUCCCAACCCUAGAAAGUGCCGUCUCAUCUUGCGUUUCUUCCGCUGAUGAGUUUGACUUCCUCUCUAGCAGCUCUCGCAUUGGCCCAACUGCCUCGGCCGCCAGCCACGAAAUAGACCCGAAGGACCUCGCGUUAAGUGCCGAUGAGCUUGGUCAUCCAUCUCAGCAGCAGUUUGAGUAUCUUGGGAGAGCAUCCAUGUCAGAGGCUGACCUCAGCAGACUUGAGAGUAUUUCUCUGCAUUCGCCGCAGAGACAGCAUAAUACAACGUCGUCGGAUCCACCGUCUCCAAAACCUCCCAACACCGAUGGUCGGAAGCCUAAGAAGUUUGUGGAAGCCUUGUCUUCCACAAUAAGAAGGGCAACGAAUCUGCGAAGGAAUCGCAAAGCAACAGCUGUGCCACGGCAAGUAUCACCGACACAAGAACAUCUACAACCUCUGAAGGUACCCAAGCAAAGGCGAGGAAGAGGUCGAGCUGUUACGCAGGGCAAUCUACCCGUAUCUCCUCCACUUCGACAGCAGGAACAAGCUACUCCCCAUUUCAUCCAUGGGCGGUGUGAUGACCCCUUCAACGACACCGCUCUUUUACCACCACCUGGGGGUGUGAAUCUUCAGUAUUAUGGCCAGGUUGCUCCGGAUACUCCCAUAGAAUCGCCUGGCCACCAUCCUCCUCCUCCUCCUCCUCCUCCACCACCACCUCCUCCUCCUAAGCAGCAGCAGCAGCAGCAUCAACACCAGAUGCAUUGGACAGGCACCGGAGGCGAGUAUAUCACCAGCCAGGAGGCCGGUUGGUGGACACCGGAUAUGAUGAGCCAAGGACCAAACGACUUUUCUCAUCACCAGAGGAGCGCCAGUGUUCAUGUUAUGGGGCAUGGCCAGCACACGGGGAUGCCAUACGACUACGGAGCUAUUGCCGACACCAGCACGGGUGGGCUCAUGAUUCACAUGCCUCAGCCUCGAGGCUCCCAGUCAACUGUGGUCAAUGACUUGACAGUCAACGCCCACACGUUUCUUCCACCGCCGCCUCCCAUUCCUCAGGCUAUAGGGCAGAAGAUGCCGGCUUCAGAGAGAUCUCAUCGCCCCCCCAAGGCCAAGUCGUCUGGAGCGAGACACAUGUCUUGCUCCCCUGUGCGAAAGCAGCGAGGGCCAUCAUCUUCGCCGACACCCGCGGAUCAGUCUGCUGUCCCUCGCUCUCGCCACAGCUCUGGGGCAUCUGUGUCAUCGUUAAGAAGCAGCUCCGGCCGACUCCCUGCCAGUAUGCCUGGCACCCCAUGUAGUGUUCGCAAACGCCGCUCUCGAGAUAUCAGUGGUUCAAACAGUGCCUCGUCUUUGGGUGGUGGCGACGGCGCCGGCGGGAUCGGUUUCGUCAACUUUACACCAAAUGACGGCAGCGUUCUCAUGACAGGCGUCGCCCCCAGUGGAAGCUCCAAGACAAAGGCGCGCCGUGAAAAGGAAGCCCAGGAUCGACGCAGACGCCUCAGCGAGGCAGCCAUUAAAGCUGUAGCCGCCGCCGGAGGAGAUGUUGACAAAUUAAUAGAGCAAGGGUUUGCUUUUUGA